AAAAAAAAUCAUGCAUCUAGAAACGAGACUUAGCUCCUAAGCUAUUUAGUCCACACGACGUUGUAUAGCAACGAAAGAAACACAUACUUAAAAUCCCUUUAAAGGUCGCAUAUUCACAUUUUCAUAUUCGUCAUUUCAAAAAGGAGCAAUCGACCGUGAGCUUCUUUGUUGUGUUGUGAUUUGUACGAGAGCGGUACACAACGGAGCAGUAUGGGAAGAAAGCUCGACGCUUUGUUUGGUAGGAGCAAGACCUCUAAGUUGAAACCAGUCCUCGCUCUUGCUCUCUCCCGCCUUGUCGUCCUCAAAACGCAGCGUCAGGCCAGGUGCAGCCAGUCCCGCUCCGAUGUGCUCCAGCUCCUCCAGCUCGGCCACCAUGACCGAGCUCUUAUUCGAGUUGAGCAGGUGAUCAAGGAACAGAACAUGCUGGAUGUGUAUGUCAUGAUCGAGCGGUAUUGCAACCUCUUGAUCGAAAGAGUUCACCUCAUUGAACAAGAGAGGGAAUGUCCAGAGGAAUUGAGGGAGGCAGCAUCAAGUAUGCUGUAUGCUGCUUCGAGAUGUGGAGAAUUCCCAGAGCUUCAAGAGAUUCGUAGUAUUCUCAGCGCUCGCUUUGGCAAGGAAUUCACUGCUCGUUCCAUUGAAUUGCGCAACAAUUGCGGAGUCAGCCUUAUCAUGACCCAAAAACUGUCGACUAGGAUGCCAUCCAGGGAGAGCAGAAUGAAAGUGCUUAAAGAAAUUGCCUUUGAUAAUUCCAUUGUUCUGAACCUAGAAGAAACUUCUGGCUCCGUUGAGGAUAAGAAGGUCCAGACACCACCACACCCACAGGCUAGUUCAAGUGGCACGGCAGGAUCAGCAGAAGUUCUGCAGGCUUUUAAAGAGGAGACGGAAAAAGAUGAUAAGUACUCUAAUAAGAAAUACAAGGAUGUGGCUCAUGCAGCUCAAGCUGCUUUUGAGUCUGCAGCUUAUGCAGCGGCAGCUGCAAGAGCAGCCGUGGAACUGUCCAGAUCUGACACUCAUGAUUCUGAUGAUCAAAACAGUCCUGGUCCUAAACGAGGCAAAUUAUCAAGCAGAUAUAUAUCCUCAAAAACUGAAUUCAGAUCACAGAAUGAGCACAUCACUGUGCAGAAUCAGGCUGAAGUGAAGAGGUCAGCAUCUUCAAGUUCAGAUUCAGAAGGUGAUGUAUCAGAGGUGACCCCUCCAGUGUCCUCGGAUGCCACAGGCCAGCCCAGUCAUUCAGGGAAGGAUACAAUUUUUGAUGAUAGUGAAGAUGAACAAAGUACCAAGGCCCCAUCUCCUAAGGGAGUUCCUUCAAGGGUUCAAUCUGGGAUGAAGGUCGAGCCGGAGGGAUCAUCUAGAAGGCUAACAUUAAACUUAGAGAAGGGACCAUUCUCUCUGAGAAACAGACGGGUCUUUGGACACUGAGGAGCAUGGGUGGUAUGGUGUGUUGAUCUGCAUGUAAGUUUUGUUAUUGUGCUAAUAAGGUAACUGGCUAUUAAUUUGAUUAUUAUUUUUGUCGCUUUUAUGUUUUCUCGAAGUGCAAAA